GUUCCGACCGACUGUCUUAUUUAUCGAUUCAAGCUUCUUAUAAAUUCUCUUUCCCCCUUCUCCGAUCGAAAUUCUCAGUUUUCCCGUCAGAAAAUUCUCUUUUCCGCAAAAAAAAAAAUAUGCGUUUUUUUUUGGUAAAAUGUUUUUUUUCCCUCUCUGUAGAGUUUGAUUUGACGACUGAUUGGUAAAUCCAGGGAUUUGGGUUCUCAACAAUGGCGACAAACGGACAGAGCAGCACGAAGCCUCCACCCACUCCUUCUCCUCUGCGUAAUUCCAAGUUCUGUCAGUCGAAUAUGAGGAUCUUGAUUUCUGGAGGAGCUGGAUUCAUCGGCUCUCACCUCGUCGAUAAGCUGAUGGAGAACGAGAAAAACGAGGUAAUUGUUGCUGACAACUAUUUCACUGGGUCAAAGGACAACCUCAGAAAGUGGAUUGGCCAUCCAAGAUUUGAGCUUAUCCGACAUGAUGUAACGGAGCCAUUGUUGAUCGAGGUUGACCAGAUUUACCACCUUGCAUGUCCUGCUUCUCCUAUCUUCUACAAGUACAACCCGGUUAAGACGAUUAAGACAAAUGUGAUCGGAACACUGAACAUGUUAGGUCUUGCUAAGCGUGUCGGAGCAAGGAUAUUGCUUACAUCGACCUCGGAGGUGUAUGGAGAUCCUCUCAUCCACCCGCAGCCCGAAAGCUACUGGGGCAACGUCAAUCCUAUUGGGGUUCGGAGCUGCUACGAUGAAGGGAAGCGUGUGGCAGAGACAUUGAUGUUUGAUUACCACAGGCAGCAUGGAAUCGAAAUACGGAUUGCGAGAAUAUUCAACACGUAUGGACCUCGUAUGAACAUCGACGACGGACGUGUCGUUAGCAACUUCAUCGCUCAAGCACUCAGGGGCGAGCCUUUGACUGUUCAGAAGCCCGGUACUCAGACUCGCAGUUUCUGUUACGUUUCCGACAUGGUAGAUGGGCUUAUCCGUCUGAUGGAAGGGGAGGACACCGGCCCCAUCAACAUCGGUAACCCUGGCGAAUUCACCAUGCUGGAGCUCGCUGAGACGGUGAAAGAGCUGAUAAACCCGAGCAUAGAGAUAAAGAUGGUGGAGAACACGCCCGAUGACCCGAGGCAGAGGAAACCGGACAUCACGAAAGCGAAGCAAGUGUUGGGGUGGGAGCCCAAGGUUAAGCUCCGGGAAGGGCUUCCUCUGAUGGAAGAUGACUUCAGAGUUAGGCUCGGCGUCCGGAAGUAAUAAAGAACAAAAAAAAAUGGCAUGAAACAUUGUAUGGAUUCUCUUCUUCUGAGCCAGACAAGGAACUUUGAGCUUCCAAUGUCUUAAAAGCGUUGGUUUCAUGUUCCAUGUCCUUUUUAAUGUUGUUAUAUGGUUUACUAGCUUUUGCCCAUUAAGAUUUUGCAGAAACGAUGAAUAAGAUUUUUUUUUGGGCAUUCGCAAAUGAAA